AUGCAGUACGACAAAAAGGACUUUAUAGGAAGAGGUGCAUUCGGUUCAGUGUUUCUUGGUACAUUUAAAGGCAAAAAGGUAGCAAUCAAACGGAUUGAGCUGGUAGGUGAACCAGUCCCCGUGGUUGACAACGAGCUUGAAGCUCUUCAACAAUUAGACCAUCCGAAUGUUGUCAAACUGCUUCAUUGUGAAAGCGAUGAUACCUUCAAAUAUUUUGCUUUGGAAUUUUGCGAUGGAUCAUUGGAUAAGCUUUUUUUAAAAUCGUACGAUCAGAUGAAAUACAAAGGACCUACACCGCUCCCAAUCGAAAUGUUCCUCCAUUUAGCUUCAGGACUUGCCUAUAUCCAUUCGCGGGGUUUAACUCACCGAGAUAUUAAACCGGAAAACAUUCUGAUUUCUGUGAAAAUGACUGAACAAGGCGAGCAGGCAACGAUGAAGUGGGGUGAUUUCGGAUUGUGCCGACCCGUGAAUGAACGAGGAACGUACACAAUGAGUCGAAUCAGAGGAACUCGAUUUUGGUUUGCACCUGAGUUGUACGAAAUUCUGGAAAGCAACGUCAAGUACGGAAAUCGUGGGACAGUCAACAGCGAUGUCUUUGCAGAGGGCCUCGUCUUCGGUUACAUUCUCUUGAAUGGAAAUCAUCUCUACGGUUCAGAUGACGAAGUUAUGACAAACAUCAAACAGAAUAUACCGAUUAAUAUUCAUAAGAUUCAUAAUUUGCAUUGGGCACGCAGUUUGUUAACAAAAAUGUUGACCACUAAACCUACUGAGAGAAUCGCAUCACGAGCUGUCGUUACUGAACUUCAAUCGAUUCAAACGAAACUUGGAUGGAAUGCUCUACAUUGGGUGUGUGCAAACAACUCAAAUUCAAACUUAAUGAAUGAAAUUGAGUUGUCGAUAAAACGCGGAAUCGACACAAACGCGAAGAGCAACGAAGGACUGAGCGCAUUACACGUUUUGUGCACAUACAAUUCCAGUCCUUAUUUAACAGAUGCAAUCGAAUUCUUAAUCCAAAGCGGAAUGGAUGGAAACGCAAAAGACAACAAUGGCUUUAACGUACUCCACACUUUGUGUGCAUUCAAUUCAAGUUCAAAUUUAAUAGAACCAAUCGAAAAGUUAAUCCAACUCGGAAUCGACGUGAGCGCAAAGAGCGACAACGGAGCAAACGCACUCCAUGUUCUUUGCAAGGAAAGUUCAAGCAAAAAUUUAAUUGAAGCCAUCAAACUGUUGAUCCACCUUGGAAUCGAUAUACAUGCAAAGGACAAAAACGGAUGGAAUGCGCUCCAUUUCCUGUGCGAAUAUAAUUCCAGUGAAAACCUAUUCGACGCGGUGAAGGUUUUAAUUGAACGAGGAAUUGAGAUUAAUUCCAACGGUUAUGACGCGCAAGUUCUCUUACGCAAAAAUUACAAAAGUGGAAACUUGGAGGAAAUCCUAAAACUGUUUGAAAAGACAUACCCUGGAAAUGGUUAAUCAACCAAAACGAUGUUGAAAUCCAUAGCUGUGAACCUAAGGCCAGAGAAACGUAACAACAUCCAAUGAAAGCGUGUUGUCACAAUUGUUUGCUAUGGAAAUUAUUAUCUGAACUUCGUAAACAAGAUAAUCGAAUACA